UGUAUUGUAGAUAUUGAUGAGUGUAGUUAUGAUCCUCAAAUAUGUGGAUCAGCUAACUGUAUCAACACUAUGGGAGGCUACAGCUGUGAUUGUGGGUCCGGCUACUUGUUCCAGAACGGCACCUGCAUUGAUAUUGAUGAGUGUAACUUGCCAAACAAGAAACCAUGUGCCGACAUAUGCCUGAACACCGCCGGUGCCUACACUUGUACCUGUAGAGACGGUUACGUCAUAGACACAUCAAACAGCUACGCAUGCCUGGCUGUAUCCGGGUUAUCAGGAUCAGGCAAUGAUGAUGAGACAGAAGACUCGGACCUGUACAUUAUAAUCGGGGCUGCCUCGGCUGUCCUGCUCGUUCUCAUAUUGUCCAUAUUGACACUAGCGUGGUUCAGGAGGAGAAAGUUUGAAUCUUCUGACAAUGCUUCUACGAAACAAAUAUUCCAGGACAAUGUGGCCUACCAAUCGAGUGGAGAAAGCACAGUGAAGCUGAACUCUUACUUUGAGGAUCUGAAGAAAUGCGUCCUUCCUAGUGACGAGUUUCCCAGGCAACGUCUGCAGCUUGGCAUUGAUUUAGGUCAAGGUCGUUUUGGGAAGGUCAUGAUGGCUCGUGCUUUAAAUAUCAAUGGAAAUUCAGACUGGGAAAUGGUUGCAGUAAAAACUAUACGCGAUUGUGCAAUUGAUGCAGAAAAGGAAGAUUUGUAUCAGGAAUUAGAAAUUAUGAGAAAGAUUCCACAUCAUCCUAACGUUGUUGAUUACCUUGGCUGCUGUACCCAGCAAGAUCCCAUGUAUAUCAUUAUGGAGUAUGUUCCUGGAGGUAACAUGCAGCAGUACCUGAGAAAGUUCCGUCCCUCCCAGCAGGCCACUAACAGUGAGGAACUCGUACCCCCCACAGCCAAAGAUCUCAACAGCUAUGCCCUCCAAAUCUCCAAGGGGAUGGAGCACCUGUCUUCACUAAAUAUAAUACACCGUGACCUCGCUGCCCGUAAUAUUCUAAUAGACCGUAAAGGGGUGUGCAAGAUAUGUGACUUUGGUUUGGCCAGGAAUGUGGAGGGAGAGGAGGUUUAUGAGAGAUCAUCCAAGGGUCCUCAGCCUAUCCGCUGGAUGGCGCCAGAGUCGCUGUCUGAUCAGUGCUUUACCAGAAAAAGUGAUGUUUGGUCAUACGGGGUUCUUCUUUGGGAGAUAGUCACACUCGGUGCCACUCCUUAUCCUGGUAUGGCGGCAAGAGAAGUCAUCUCCACGGUGAUGAUGGGAAAAUGGCUCUCUCGUCCUCUACAUUGUAAACCAGAAUUGUACGCACUGAUGGUGCGAUGCUGGGACAUGAUGCCACAGAAUCGUCCGUCCUUCAGUGAAAUCAGCAAGAGUGUGGAAACGCUUCUAGAAAAAGAAGCAGACUAUAUUGAAUUCAAAGCCUACGAGGAAGCCAUAUUCAGUGUCCUUGACCCUAACCUUGUUGAUGAACGUGUGUAGGUCGUGUGUAGCAAAGAUUGGAAUAUAUACACAAAUAUUUCCCUCCUAUUAAGUGAUAGAUAAAGUAAUUUGAACAUUUGUAUGGAUAUAUACACAGAUACAUGAAGGAUAAGGCAUUGUGAAAUGUGCGUGGAAGAAUGGUACUAAAAUAUUACCUCUGAAAAAAGUAUCCAAAUGUGCACGCACAGCAACAUUCGGAAUGAGUAAAAUAGACCAAAAAGUGAUGUCCAUGGCACAGAUUCAUGGAAAUAGGACUUCUGGAUCGAGCGUGCGUUUGUUCUGAAGAUAUUCUCUGUGUGUUGUUCUUUGAGUUGGAGGGAUGGAACACAGUGUAUGACUGAUCCGUUAAUCAGGAAAUUUUCACUGUGUCCAUAUUAUGAUAACCUCAAAGGACCACCUCUACUAUGAAGUAUACAAACCAUACCUAACAGGGUCAAAGCAGCGAAUGUGAUCUGGUGUUUUUGUGCAUGUUUUGUCAUGACAAUUUAUGUUGUUCAUGUUAGUCAAAGUACUAGUAUACUUGGCAAUGUUUGAUUUAUUAGGGUGAAACGUGACUCGUGUUGUAAGAAUGUUUUUGUUUGUUAUACCAAUGAGAGUGUGACUACAUUGAAAGUGUUGCUGUGAUAUUUCGGCAACAAAAAUAGUACUGUGAUAACUAUAAGCUUUUAUGCAUAAUCUUUCAUCGCAUUACCGACGUAAGUACGAAGAUAGAAAGAAAACAGGAGAGAUAGUUCUGGAAAAGUUGUGUAUCAUUAAACAAACGUAUUUAUCAUGUUCAUCUCAGAUGGAUUCCAUCUUUAAAUAAAAGUUUUAAACUUGA